GACAAUCCAGGGCAGGUCAUCGAGAAACAAUUGGGGUCUAUGCGUUAUAUUACCAUAGGGCGGCGUCACAGAGAAUAAAGCUACACAGAUAUACAAAACAACAUUGAUGUAUGCGUCUUGCAGAGGCGACUGACGAGAGCUAAAGGACAAUGGAGGACAAGCGAAGAGAUUCCACCGGAACCCCGCCGCCAUCCGCAUCCAUGACGGAGGCGCUUCUGUCGGAGCAACCGACGUCUCGGCGGAGAGGCGGAGGGCAGAAGCGGAAAUCGACCUCUAUCAACAGCGGAGGCGGCAGCUCGACUCCUCAGACGAUGUCAUCCAAGAGACAGGCUAGGGAAAAGCCGUCUGCAGUGCCUUUCCCUCCGAUCCACAUGAAUGGACCCUGCACUAGGGCACGCGUGCAACCUUACAACAGCAGCAGCUUCUCUGAGGUGGCUCCUGUGAAGACCGAGGCGGAGACUCGGGAGGCCGCUGCGAAGGCGGAGGAGAUGAGUAGAAUAAGUGAGAAUUGGGAGGCAUUAGAGGCGAAGAUUGAGGCUGAAUAUGAAGCAAUUAGGUCUAGAGAUGCGAAUGUUCAUGUCGUGCCUAUUCAUGCUGGUUGGUUCUCAUGGACAAAAAUCCAUCCGCUGGAGGAGAGGAUGUUGCCUUCAUUCUUCAAUGGGAAAUCAGAAAGUAGGACUCCAGAAAUAUAUAUGGAGAUACGUAAUUGGAUAAUGAAGAAGUUUCACCUCAAUCCAAAUGCACAAAUUGAAUUGAAGCAUCUCUCUGAGCUUACAGUUGGAGAAUUGGAUGCUCGGCAAGAGGUGAUGGAGUUUCUGGAUUACUGGGGUUUGAUUAAUUACCAUCCUUUCCCACAUCAUGAUCCUGCUGCUGUGAUUGUUGCUGCUGAUGACAACAAGGAUGAAGCUGGGAAGAUGGAGUCUUUGGUUGAAAAACUAUUUCAGUUUGAAACCGUGCAAUCAUGGACUCCAGCUGUUCCCAAGAUGAAUGCGGCGAUGCCAUCGGUGUCAUCUGGAUUUUUUCCAGAAUCUGUUGUUGCCGAUGAGCUGGUGAAAUCUGAAGGUCCUUCUGUUGAAUACCAUUGUAAUUCUUGUUCAGCAGAUUGCUCUCGGAAGCGCUAUCAUUGCCAGAAGCAGGCAGAUUUUGAUUUGUGUGCUGAUUGUUUCAACAAUGGGAAGUUUGGCUCGGAUAUGUCCCCAUCAGAUUUCAUUCUUAUGGAACCAGCAGAAGCUGGUGGUGCAAGUGGAGGGAACUGGACAGAUCAAGAAACUCUUCUACUGCUUGAAGCGAUAGAAUUAUUUAGAGAUAACUGGAGUGAGAUUGCUGAGCAUGUGGCAACAAAGACUAAAGCUCAGUGUAUAUUGCACUUUGUUCAGAUGCCAAUUGAAGAUGCAUUUUUAAAUCGAGAUGAUGAAAAUAAUGAUGCUCCUAAAGAAAAUGGGGUGCCAGAUUCCACCAGUACUGAAAAUUCAGCUCCUAAAGCUGACCGAGGGGGUGACUCUGCUCUUAAAGAUGUUCCUGAGAAAACAGAAAGCCAGGGUGUUAUUACUGACCAUCAGGACUCAUCCUGUCCAAUGGAAAUCUCUAAGCCGGAUGAUGUCAACGAGUCAGAUAAAAGUCUUGAAGAUGGGGAGAGCUUCGCACUGAAGGCCCUGAAGGAAGCAUUUGAAGCUGUGGGUUCUUCUCUACCUGGGGAAAGACUAUCAUUUGCUGAAGCUGGUAAUCCUGUGAUGACAUUGGCAGCAUUCCUAGUGCGGUUGGUGGAACCUAAUAUGGCUACUGCAUCAGUUCGCAGCCUCUUGAAAUCUCUAUCUGGCAAUUGUUCCAGCGAGCAGCUUGCUGCCAGGCACUGUUUCCCUUUGGAAGAUCCCCCGGAUGACAAGAAGAAUCUCACCGUCUCUGAGGGAGCUGCAACUGAAAUAAUUGAGCAUGAAGCUCGAAAGGACGAAGAUGAACUUGCUGAAAAGCAGCAGGAGGCAACACCUGAUUCAGUUGUUGAUAGAAUCAGUUUACGCAAUGAUGAACAUGAUGGAAAGAAAGAUUCUGCCCCUCAAGAACGCGAUGAACAAAAAGAUUCUACUUCCAAAGAUCAGAAACCUGUGGAUGUUCCCAGUAGUGCCCGUGCAGAUAGAUCAGAUACUGCUCAUGAGGAAGCCCCCCCAGCCACUGCUAGUGAACCUAGUAACUCUCCAAAGGAGCAGGCACCAAAAGAUGCUGAAGAAUCAGUUGUCUCGGCAUCUCAUAGUGAGCUUCAGUUGGAUCCUGUGAAGAAAUCAGAAGAUGGAGUUUCAGCUGCGGAGACCUCUCAGAUCAAAGAACCUCUGAAAGAUGAAAAUAUGAUAUCUGUCUCUGAGAAGAAAGAGGAUGAUGUAUUGGUCACAUCAAAUUCAGUGACUGAAAAAGAAGACAAUACAGGCGAUGGAGAAGCUAAAGAAUGUGGUAGUGACAAGAAAGGGCCCAUAGUGAAUAAACAUGAUCUUGAUAAGAAUAAGUUGCAGCGAGCUGCUAUAACUGCCCUUUCAGCUGCAGCAGUGAAAGCAAAGCUUCUUGCAGACCAAGAAGAAGAUCAAAUACUUCAGCUCUCCUCAUCACUAAUAGAGAAACAGUUUUACAAGCUGGAGAUGAAGCUGGCUUUCUUUAAUGAUAUGGAAAAUGUGGUGAUGCGGGUUAAGGAACAACUAGAUAGGUCAAAGCAGAGGCUUUUCCAAGAGAGAGCACAGAUUAUUGCAACACGAUUUGGGAUGUCGACAUCUGCUCGGCCUUCCCAAAUUUUACCUCCUAAUAGAGCCGCAGUUACAUUUCCCAACCCUGCAUCAAGAGCCUUUAUGGGCAUGAACUCCCUUAGGCCUCCUAUUUCUAGGCCGAUGAUGACAGCAAACCCUACUUCAAGCAAUUUUGUCACUGCAAGUGCCACAGGAAGCUCUGUGCCGCCUAAUGCAGACAGGCUUUCUUCAAUUGGCAUGAAGUAGUUUCUGCUGAAGUAUGGUGGGGAAGUUUGUUGUCUGAAUAUACAGCCCUCUUCUUCCAAGUUGGUGUGUAAAUCAUGUUUUGGCAGUGAAGGCACGUGCUCAUGAGGAAAGACCGGAAAUUAUUUCAUUUCCCUAGAGCAUCUCAACAGAAGUAGGAACCCAAAUAGCACUACUCCACCGAGGAAUACUUGCUAACUCAUUGCAAUUUGCGGUUUUGUUUGUAGAUUAGUUGCCCCCUUUCUCAAUCACUGUAAAUUUGUAAUAACUAAAAUCUUAGCAAUUUGAUGUGCAUUUCGACUGUAUUUCAACUUAGGUGUGUUUUUCAAGUGUCAAGCACUACAUGACUGAUUUGAGAUGCAGCCGUGUUUGUACCUGAUGCAGGCAGAGUCUCAUUGGUGGAAUGCCAUUCAAAAUGUUUUAAAUCUUA